CCCUAAAAUACACAAUUUUAUAAAUGAUAUAUUUUUUGGUGUUAUAUAUCAAAAUUUAUAAAUCAUACUUGAAAAUUCAAAAUAUCAGAAUGUUGAACAGAUUUCUUAUAGGGCAACAUAUCUUUAGCAUUUAAACCGAACAAUUCUUGGUCAAUAUCAUCGGGUGGUUCAGUUUGCACAUCGCUUGUUCGACGAAGCGGUAUCGUAUCAUUUCUGGAUUCAAUUUCCGCCUCCAAUUCCAAACGUUCAAGUGCCGAUGUAAAGCUUCUUGACUCUUUACAAUUGCCAAAAUUCGCCUAUUGGAAAAUUUUGAAUUUCCAUAAAAAAGUAAUAACUUAUACUACGUCGAAAAUAAAGAAAUCUUUCAACAUUGAACAAAUUGUGUAAACCUGUACUCCUUGAGAACAGACAUUACAUCCUAAUGCCACUGACAAACAUAUAUCGCUCAUAGUCUUGGACAAAAGAUUUCUCUCGUCCCAUGCAAAAUUUUCAACUACUCACAAAAGAAAAGACGCGAUUUAAUAUUGAUGAAACCGAAGGGUUCACAACCUGCGACAAAACAGUCACAAACCGCUUGAAUGGUCAGAUUCGUCAUUUCUCCAAUCCAUCGGCUUCUUACCGCGUCAUAUAAAAUUGCUAUAUUAUAAUUAUCAUAUAAAAAGACUUCAAAAAUUUCUCGUAUCCGUUAAAAUCGACUGACAGGUGCCGAUUCCAUCUCUGGACGCGCAUGGAAAAACAACACCCUUCAGUAACAUAAUAAAUGAGCAGCUUUCAAAUUCACACGACUUCAACAUGUAUAUUACGUAUUACAAUUAUAUUAUAUUACAAUAGUAUUGAAUACACUUAGUAUAUCCAAGUAAUUUUUAGGAAGACCAUUGAGUCGCAAUAAUUUUUCUGAAACAUGAUCGCAUUAUAAGUGGAACUGUACGUAUAUUACAUUUUUUAAAUAUAUAAUUAAUCUAUGCUUUUUCAAAUUUGUGUGUAUUAUAGUCUGUACUAUUAUAUUAUUUCAUUCAUUGUUAAAAGAAAUAUUCGUCUUUUUUUUUUAAUUUAAUUCUCUGUAAUAAAUAAAAGAGUGUAACAAUUACCCUCUUCAUCUUCCAUGAAACGAUACAAGAUAAUCACGAUCGUUACGUUGUCUCCGUUAUUCGAACGAAGAUAACCAAGAGGAAAAAGAAGAGCACGAUAGAGGACCUUCAACAUGUCAGAAUGACGUUAGAAAGGUACAGAACAGGUGCGCUGAAGCGAGAUGUGUAUGGCGUAGAGGCGAUGCCCGCAUGGUUGAAACGUAUAUCCAACAAGUACCCGUUGGUCACGGCUGGCCGGUCGGGGUUCCGGGCUGACUUCCGGACGAGUCUGCACCGCUACGGUUUCUUUUUAGCCAGGAACGCAUGGUAUCAGUUGUGUUCACGUACAGUUAGACGGUGUUACCUCGCAGCAAACGCCUCUUCUUCUGCUCCUUCGUGCAUAUCGCCGCGAAUUCGUUCGUAUACAUUCCUUUAAAUGACGUGACGGAAAAACGGAGAAGAAAGAACGAUGGAUUUCUCUAGACGGGUGAGUCUGCAGAGGAGCGUAACUAUGUGAAACCAAAGACGCAAAACUAACCGGGAUAAGGAAAAGAACAAAGUUAAACAUUCAUAAAUAAAUACAUAAUUUUAUCGUGUUUUAUUAUAUUUUUUAGUCUUGCGUUUUUUCAAUUCUUUCAUGUGAAAUAAUGUUUUAUAAUUCCAUAAAUUAGCAGAAAAAUAUUAUUACAUACCGUAUUAUUGCUAAAGAAAAAAAGAAAGGGAACGAAGGAAAGAACUUUUUCUGCGCGAUAAAUUUGGCAAAACAGCGCCAAUUUGAACAGCAACAAAUUGUGUUGUAUCUUAUUAUCUGUUUUUUGAUUUUGUAUUUCUGCCAAUUCUUUUACACAAAGUAAUAUUUUAUAAUUUUAGAAAGUAGCAGCAAAAAUAUCAUUACAUACCGUAUUACUGCUAAAGGAAAAGAGUUUUUCCCGCACUAUAAAUCUGGUAAAACAGCGUCAACUUGUACAACAACAAUUUUUACUUCCUCGCGAAACGAUCGUUCGCGAGAGAUUCAGCUAUGUACAAGUUGGUGGGCGUGCGGCAAGUGCAGUCACCACUUCCUGCCGCAAAUGAUCGUCGCGGACGACGCUCGAAUAACACGUGUACAGUGUACACACGUACCGUUCGUAACGUACGUGUGUGCGGGCGUGGACAUGAAUGAACGUGGAGAUGCAUCUGCAUUAUCUGCAAAGACAAUAGCGUGGCUGUAUACGUGCGAACGUUGCACUUUGUAUCACCUACACCUAUGUACAAGUUAGAGCAUUAACGGCAAUCGGCGCACACCCGGAGGUAGCAGCGUGUUACCUCAUCGCUAUUGAAAUACAUAUAUUGUAGCAAAACCAGGACAACGCACGAUAGAUAUCUGUGGAAAGCAUAGAAAUGAUUAACAAAUCAGUCAUAAAAAGUUAUUCGUGUCGAAACGAAUGUCUAUGGAUUUAGUUUAGUCCAGUGACAAUAACUUCGCAAUUUAAGGGAUUAUCGAAAUAACGCGAUCCUUUUUUCAGGAAGGUCCAAAAUUAUCUAUUCUUCGUUACCAAUUAAGUAUCAAAUAUGAAUAUUCCCCGCAUUCAAACUGUGCCACCGCGUCUAAUUGGAAGUUAUUUCUGUGGAUACAGAAACAAUAUACAUCCGCUUCUCUGUAACACUUAUUCUUGCUUACAUUCUGCUCCAGUAGAAACACCAUCCGCCGUGAAAAGUACACGGCAAUUAAUUUUUGAUAAAAAUAAUGAUUAUUUCGCCAGCUAUAUUUCUUUAGGCCGUUCAAUUAUGGCCGCAAACAUAAACAUAGAGAGAAACAGACUUACAUAUAAUAGUUGCGUGCACAAACAUACAUACGCUCGAUUACGGAUCACCUGCGAUUAAGUCCUUCCGAGGACUUCACUACCGUGAGUUCUCAUACCCCAGUUUUCUGCCAGCAACCGUUCAGUGCGAGCACUGAUCGCGUUUCUCCGUUGCGAAAUACAGGCGCGCACACUCGUGUCGUGAUUCCGAGUUCGAGAUCCGAAACGAUCAAACAGGUGCUCGAUCAAUUUCAAAUAGACAAGUAAUUCAUAAAGGAUCGGACGGUCAGUGAUCGAUAAGAGCGCGAAAAAUAAAAUCGUGUUUGAAAACGAAGAAACAGUGGCAAAUGUCAGAACUAUUGGGAAAGAUCGAAGAGCCGGACGACAGAACCUGCCGUUCCGAUGAUUCUAACGGUGAAAUCUUUAAGAAUGUUCCGAGGAACAGCAGUACAUUUCGCAUUUGGAAAAUCGAGGGUUUACGAGUUACAGCCGUUACAGGAAGUAAUAUGGGACAUUUCCUCUCGGAGUUGGCAUACAUUAUCUACGCGGUGUCACCGAAAGACGGUCCACUACCUUACCCUGGAAUGCCGGUUAAGGAGAUAAAGUCGACUGCGAUAGUUCGUGUAAUUCAUUUCUGGAUUGGAUCUGCUUGCGAUUCAACAAUCUCUGGGGCAGCAGCCCUUCGAGCGGCCGAAUUAGAUUCACAAAUAUCUGCCACGAUUCUAUCAAGGGAGGCCCAAGGACGAGAAAGUCCUAGAUUUUUAGCCUAUUUCCGCCAGCAUCUUGUUAUUGAAAAUUUCCACUUUGAAACACCAUCAUGCAAAUUGCACAGAGUAACUGGCGUAGCGAUCCCUGUCUUGACGGAACUUGAAAAAGUUCAUUGGGAUCAUUUCAGUUCACGGGACGUUAUUCUUGUGGACGUUCUAUCGCAGGCUAUCGUAUUCCUUUGGUUGGGCUCGUCAGCAGAUCCAUUGCACAAACGACACGCUGCCAGUAUCUUGGAAGUGAGAAAAGAAAAUAACAAUGGUCGUAUCAUCAUCAUCGAUGAUGGUUACGAACAGACACUACCGGAGGGAGAUAGACAACUGUUCGCCAGUAUUUUAAAUCCUUCCACAAGAGUGGUCAAGCCGGAUCGCCUUUACCGAGUCAAUAUGCCAAGCCCAGUCAAACUGUAUAGAUGUAACGAACAAUCCGGUAAAUAUAAGGUCGCUGAACUGAAAUCUGGACCGAUUCUCCGAGCUGAUCUCACAUCCGAAGCCGUUUACCUAAUCGAUCGUGGUGAGGCUGGUGUUUGGGCUUGGGUCGGGCGUAAUGUGAACGCCCGAGAAAAAUUGGAAGCGAUUCGUAACGCACGAGGAUUUGUAAAAAAGAAAAAUUAUAGUAAUGGUGUAUUAGUGGAAAGAGCGCUGGAAGCUUGUGAACCAACGGAGAUGAAGGCUCUUAUUAGAGGGUGGGAGCCGGCGAAGACAAGACCGCUUACUCUACCACCGAAUUUUGAUCCUGACUAUAUGAAUGAAAGACCUAAAAUGGCUACUGGGUGCCAACUAGUUGACGAUGGAUCCGGUCAAAGAACUCUUUGGAGAGUAACCCAUAAAGAAGGGAUGAUUCAAGUGGAUGACAAAGGAAUAUACUACGCAGAAGCUUGUUACGUAAUGUGCUACAAAUAUGGACAAGGACGUAGGAGUAGAACAAUCAUUUAUUGUUGGGAAGGAGUCCAUUCUAUAAACGCGGAUCGAGAAGCCGCUUUAGAAGCAGCUUGUCAUUUGUCAGAAGAUACCUCUGGCCAGUUAGUAAAAGCAUGUCAAGGCAGAGAACCACCUCAUUUGUUGCAGAUUUACGACGGAAAAUUGAAAAUACUAGCUGGAAGGCAUCGCGAUUCUCCUCCGGAAAAGUAUCUCGUUAGAGUUUUUGGAUCUACUCCAUACACGUCGAAAGCAGUUGAACGGCCUUUGAGAUCAUCCAGCAGCCUCGAUUCUAGUGGAGUUUUUAUUCUAUUUUCUAAUUCACCUGUAGUAUGGUGUGGUGGAAGAAGUACUGGUGACGCUAGACAAGCAUCUAGACGACUUGCGCCCAGAAAUGCACCUCUGAUAACUGAAAAUAACGAAGAUGACGAUUUUUGGAGAGAACUCGGAGGUAAAGGUACUUACGGCACAGAAGUUAUUGACGACGGAGAAGAACUUGAAAAACAUCUAUACCAAUGCUUGACGGACAAUGAAAUGUUUGUUGGCGAAGAAGUUCUUGGAUUUGGUCAAAACAGUCUCCUUCCAGAAGCUAUUUGGUUAUUAGAUGCAGGAAAUGUGAUAUGGAUCUGGAUUGGAAAGUCUUCUAUUCCUAAAUCGUUGAAGGAGUGUGUACAUGAUGCAAUGAUAUUUUUAUUCACUCACCCAGCUGGCCGAGAUCGAAACACAACGAUUUCUAUAAUUAAACAGGGUAUGGAACCUUCAACGUUCAUUGGAUUAUUCGAUAAUUGGAAUUACAAUUUACUGAGAGAAUACAAAUCGUUUGAAACAUUUUGCACACUUCUGCAAGAUAAAGAAUUUCUACCGAAAAUACAAACGUUAUCGAAAUCAUUGAGUGACUUCGAUAAUUAUGUAAAGUAUCCUCUUUCUGUCUUAAAAGGUGAUCCGGAAAAUUUACCAUCCGGUGUUGACGUUGUCCGUAAAGAAAUGCAUCUUACUUUCGAUAAUUUCAUUGCGAUUUUUAAAAUGGAACCAGACGAAUUUGUAAAACUUCCUGCUUGGAAAAGACAAAGACUAAAACAAUCGGCGGGACUUUUUUAAAACAUUGUGCUUUAAUAAUACUAUUUUGUACCAUAGUGAUUACAGUACUAAAAUAAAAUAAAAUCAUGUUAUAUAUUUA